AUGGCUGAAGUACCAGAGGAUUACGAUUCCGGCCCCGAUGAAAGUGAAGACCUGGAGUCUGGGAAACCACAACUGCCAGAGCUUCUUAAAAUAGCUGAAGAUGCCGAACCAGACGCAACGGCAGAGGCAGACCCGAAGCUCCAUGAAGGGAUGGAUCAAGAGCCACAGCCAGAGACGGAGGAAGAUAACUUCAAACACCUGGCGCAAGAGAGUCCUAAGAAUAUACACCUACACCAAAAACCAACCAGGACAUCCGAGGAAGAGAUUGCCAAGGAGUCAGAGAUAGAUACAGGGAUUCCCCAAGAAGUAAUGUCGGAAGCAUCCAGAGGGAUGGUAGGAGAGCUUUUCAAGGAUUUUGAGGCCCAUAUGGAUGAAAAGCAGGGGAAGCCAGACCUAGAGCCACCAGAGGAGGCCACGCUAGAUGUUACAGAGGAUGUCUUCAUAGAGUCAGCUAAGGAAACAGAUCUAGAGUUACAAAAGGAAACAGAGUCUGAGGUUCCAAGGGCCACAACUGAUGAGACAGGGUUAGAGUUACUGGAGGAGACCAAACCAGGGGUUUCAGAGGACUUACUUAGAGAGCAAAAUGAAGAGUCAAGUCUAGAACCUGCAGAGCAGACCAAACCUGAAUUUCCAAGUGAGAAACCAAGAAAAUCAAUUGAAGAGGCAGUUCUACAGCCACAAAAGUCGACCACACCAGAGUUUCCAGAGGAGACACAAACAAAGUCACAUCAGGAGAAAAGGAGAGAGCCAUCUGAGCAGACCGGACUGGAGUUUACAGAAGAGAAACCAAGAAAGUCUACGGAGGUGGCAGGUCUAGAGUCUCCAAAAGAGAUUAAGCCAGGGGUUUCCCAGGAAUCAGGAAGAAAACCAACUGAGGAAGGGACUGAGCCAUCUGAGCAGACUAAACAAGAGUUUCCAGACCAGAAACCUAGUAAGUACACUGAGGACACACAAAGAAAGUCAACUGAAGAGAAAGUUUCAGAGGCACUAGAAGAGAUCGAAUCAGAGUUUCCUGAGGAAAAAGCAAGAAAACCUAUUGAGGAAAUAGGUCUAGAGUUACCAGAAAAGACCAAAUCAGAAAUUCAGGAAGAGAUACAAAGAAAAUCAACUAUGGAGGAAGUUCUAGAACCACCAGAAGAUACUGAACCAACAGUUCAAAAAAAUAAGAAGAGAAAAUCAGUUAAGGAGACAGGGCUAGCACCACCACAGAAGUCCAAAUCAGAGGACACACUAAAAGAGUCAACUAAACAGGCAGGUCUAGAUCCUCCAGAACAGACUGUACCAGAGGUUACAAAGGAAGAACCAAAGACACAAAGUAAAUUGACUGAGAACACAGGUCAAGUGCCACCACAGAAGACCAAACCAGAGGCUCAAGAGGAGACACAAACAGAACCAACUAAGGAUAGAGAUUUAAAGUUACCAGAUAAAGCCAAACCACAACGUAGACAAGAGACAUAUAAAGAAUUUGCCAAGGAAGAUAGGUCAGAAUCAAUCAAAUUUAAGCAUUUUGCAGACAAAAAUGAGCUAGAGGAUUCUGACUAUGAAGAACAGUUGUUAGUAAAAGAAACUAAAAAAGUUAUGAAAGACUCUAUGUUAGGAUCUCUAGAGGUAAGAGAAGUAAACUCAGUAAAUACAGAUUAUCAGUUUUCAGAAGGACCUCCAAUGCUGGACGAGCUUGUUGAUACCAGUAAUGACUUAUAUCUCUCAGAGUCUCAGAGGGAUUUAAGAGAGUCUCUAAAGUUGAAGAAACUGGUACGCGAAGAUGAAGAAACCCAGCCAAAAAAAAGGAUUGAGCUACAAUUUGAGUAUCUUAAAUGGAGCCCAGAAAAAGUUGCAGAGUGGAUUAGCAAGUUAGGAUUCCCUCAAUACAAGGAGUGUUUUACCACAAACUUCAUCAGUGGCCGAAAACUCAUCCAUGUAAACUGCUCAAACCUCCCUCAGAUGGGGAUAACAGAUUUCGAGGACAUGAAGGUCAUUUCUCGGCACACACGGGAGCUCCUGGGAAUUGAAGAACCAUUAUUUAAUCGCAGCAUCAGUCUUCCCUAUAGGGACAAUAUUGGCUUAUUUUUAGAACAAAAAGGUCAUACUGGGGUAAAAUCUGAUUCCUUGACCUUAGCAGAAUUUGUGCAAACAGCAAGAUUACAAGAUUAUGAACCACAAAUAACUGUCCCUGACUUGAAUGAGGCAUUAUAUUAUUCUGAGCCAUAA